AUGUCUACUAGUUUAAACAUGGACAUGCCUUCAGAUCUCUUUUAUAUUAUAAACUAUGCAAGUAAAUUAGCAAUAGCAGUAAUAGGUCUUACAUUUGGUUUUACAAUCAUAUUUACUAUUGUUAUUAAUCGACAAUGUCACAAUGUAUCUAAUUUACUUGUAUGUAAUACAUGCAUAGCUGCUACAAUACAUUUAAUCUUAGCUGUGAUUGCAUCUAUUGCUGGUGUUGGCAAAGCUUGGGCAUGGGAUGCACCAUAUUGUAUUGCAAGAGGUUAUACAUUUGUUGCAGUUAUUGGAACUUUUUGUUACUCAUAUUCAAUACAAGCUCUUAGUCGUAUGUUUUUUGCAAUUUUUCAUAAAUAUAAACAUCUUCUUCAUUGGCGUACACAUUUUAUUAUGAUUAUUUUCAAUUGGUUCAUAGGUUUUCUAGUACCAACUUUACCUUUAAUAUUUAUUCAUGGUAGUUUUGGUCUUGAAAUCGAAUCACGUGGAUGUGUAUUAACAAGUAAAGCAUUUUCAGCAGCAAUAUUUUGUGCAGUAGCUUCAUUUUCUGUACCAUUAAGUUUAGUCAUAGUUGUCUAUGGAAUAAUUUUCUAUAAUGUUUAUCAAUCGACCCGUCGAGUUAUGCCUUUUAUUUCAAAUAAUAAUAUGACUAAUACAAGAUCAAAUGCUAAACGUGAAUUAAAGAUCGUUCAACAAUUAGUCAUACAAGCUGGUUGUCUUUCUUGUGGUGGAAUAUUUUAUCUUACUAAUAUUCUUUGGCAUAAAUUAUCUGACAUACCUUUACCAAAACCUAUGUAUUUAAUAGGCUUUAGUUUUAUGACAGAUAUGAUUUCUCUUAUGACUGUUUUUCAAUUUUUUAUGAACAGAAAUGUAAAAGAAAUAGUUGUUCAACGCAUAUGUGGACGUUUUCUAAUCAGAAAAAAUCAUAGAACAGAUCAUACAAUAUUUUACACACAACGAAUAAUGCCACGAUUGAAUGAGACAAUAAUUGUUUGA